GCUCUGAUGGCUCAUUCGUGUUCACAUCGUCGUCACGGCAACACGUCCUCAAGCCCUUCCUCCCUCCUGCUGUUGCUGUUGUAUCGGGAGUCCUACAUCGGUGGAUUGUCUUACGUCCUAUACUGUUAAGUCCUAACAUCGAGGCGUCUCUCUACUGUACUACAAGCAUCCUACAUCGGUCGAAGUCCUUUUAGCAUCUUACAACAGAAAUUCUUCAAGAGAUCCUAUACCGGUACUGAAAAUCCAACUCGUGUCCUGUAGAACCAUAACAACACUGAGGCAAUCAUGAUAUUACUGAGAGUGUUCUGGGCUUGACAACUUGACGUUAACAAUCAAUGUUUAGUGACUAAGACACGUGAGGCUCGUGAGGACAGUCUACACGGUUGAGCAUCAUGCGUCUCCUGCCAUUGUUGCUGUUGGUGUGUGUGGUGGGCGUGGCCAGCAGCCUCAACUUCAAUAUCUUCAGAUGGCCUUCCUUCAACCGCCAUAGGAGUGUUAAGGGCGGUGGUGGCGGCUAUGGUGGCGGUGGUGGCGGUUAUGGUGGCGGUGGUGGAGGAGGCUAUGGUGGCACUGGCAACAGAAAGCCCAACCCCCUGAGGAGUCUACAGAGGCUCAAAGCCCAGGCGUUCACCGGUCUGAGGAACCUUAAGGCUCCCAUCAUCGACGGUAUCCGCAACCUCAAGGGUCAGGUGCUCGAGCUGAAGGGCAACUUGUUCAGUAAGGCGACCAACCUCUUCAACAAGGGCAAAGGCGGCGGCGGCGAGUCCAGUUACCACCGCCGGCCGCCCUCACAUUAUGGCGGCAGUAGUGGCGGCGGAGGAGGCUAUGGCGGAGGCGGUGGUGGCGGCGGCGGAGGAGGGUACAGUGGAGGUGGUGGUGGUCAUACUGGCGGUCAUGGCGGAGGCGGUGGAAGCUAUGGUGGAGGAGGCGUUAGUGGAGGCCAUGGCGGAGGCGGAGACCAUAGUGGAAGCCAUGGUGGCGGUCAUGGAGGAGGAGGAGACCAUAGUGGAAGCCAUGGAGGAGGAGGAGGCCAUAGUGGCGGCCAUGGAGGAGGAGGCCAUAGUGGCGGCCAUGGAGGAGGAGGCCAUAGUGGCGGCCAUGGA